GCGCAUGCGCUUUUCACUGUCGGCGAACGCCCGCUCAGGCGAAGGGUAGCUAGGCCGAGAGAAGCCGGGGGCUCGCGUAGAUGUCUUCGCCGGAGGAGGCGCGGGUCGCUCCGGCCCCGGAAGUGGACCUGCCGCUAGAGUGGGAAACGGAUGAAGAACGCAUGGCGUUUCUGUUCUCGGCUUUCAAACAGAGCCGGGAGGUUAACGCCACCGAGUGGGACAGCAAGAUGGGCUUUUGGAGCGAGCUGGUGUUGAAAUGGGGAAGGCGGAAAGGAAGGAUCUGCACCUGCCUGAGGGAGCUCCAGCAGGCUUUCGAGCGCCGGGGGAGCGUCCCCCUCGGCCUGGGCACCGUCCUCCGUGAGCUGCUCAGACGGGGCAAACUGCAAAGAGAGUCUGACUUCAUGGCCAGUGUGGACAGUAGCUGGAUCUCCUGGGGUGUGGGAGUCUUCAUUUUGAAACCCCUGAAGUGGACCUUGUCUAGCGUAUUAGGUGACAGCAAAAUGCCGGAGGAAGAGGAGGUCCUGAUUUACGGGGAGAUUCUUAAGGAGAAGGCAGAAGAAGCCUAUAAUCUCUACCAGAAUUCCACACUUUCAUCCCAUCCUAUUGUUGGUUUGUCUGAGCUGCGUUCCUUAUGCACCAGCAUCUGUCCAGAUGAACGAACAUUUUGUCUGGUGCUGCUCCAAUUGCAGAAGGAAAAGAGGGUCACUGUCCUGGAGCAGAAUGGUAAUAAGAUAAUGAAAUUCGCCCGAGGGCUUCAUGCAAAAGUCUCCCCAAUGAAUGAUGUAGACAUUGGGGUUUAUCAGUUGAUGCAGAGUGAGCAGCUGUUGUCGCAGAAAAUGGAAUCUCUGGCACAGGAAGCAGAGAGAUGUAAACAGGAGGCUCGGAGUGCCAGCAAAGCUGGGAAGAAGCAACAGGCCCUGAGGUCUUUGAAGUCCAGAAAAAGAGUGGAAAGGCGAAUUGCAGAGCUUCAUUCCAAGUUGGACGUGGUGCAAGGCAUCCUAGAUCGCAUAUAUGCCUCUCAGACAGAUCAAAUGGUAUUUAAUGCUUACCAGGCUGGACUAGGAGCUCUGAAGUUGUCCAUGAAAGAUGUAACUGUGGAAAAGGCAGAGAGCCUCGUGGAUCAGAUUCAAGAGCUCUGCGAUACCCAGGAUGAAGUAGCUCAGACUUUAGCAGGCGUGGCAAUCAAUGGCUCGGAAGCUGAUACAGAGGAGCUUGAAAGAGAAUUGGACAGUCUUCUCCUGGACUCCCCAAAAAGACAGCCACACCUGCCUUCUGUUCCACCAAAGCAACUGUCUCCAGCUUCUGUAGGACUUCCCAGCUUCACAGAUGCUGAGCUUGAAGCCGAACUGGAGAAGCUCACUUAUUCAGAUGGAGAAUUGGCACAAAAGACUGAUCGGAAGGCCUCUGACCGCCAAAGAGUUCUGGAGCUGCAUCUUUAAUGACUCAACAUCCCCCUUUGUGCUGUGAAGUUGUCUUAAACUUUGCUGAUCAUAAUUCCGAAAAUAACUUGUUGGAACAUGAGUCUUUAUUAGCUCUUGUUAAGACUGCACUUUUCUAACAGGCAGGAAGUUCUGCCACGACAAUCCAAUCCUUUCCACAGAAAAUUGCUCAGUUGUCAUUCUUUUUUUUUUCCCCCAGUGCCAAAUUACAGUGUCUCUUCGGUUGAUUUGCUCACCUAUAUUGCCACUCACGGUUGCUCUUUCUCUGGCAAGUUGACAUCUUGCUGAGCCUAAUGUUGUUGCACACAUCCUGAGGGACCCCCACCUUGCGAUGACUUGAAAGGCAAUAAAGUCGCACUCGGUCUGGCAUCCCGCUGUGUUGGGCAGUUGUGCGAAGGGCUUAGUAGAUGCACUAGAUAAGAUGCUGACUUGGAUAGCAGUGCGCUGCACUUGCCAGCAAGUAGAUAUAUAUAUUGAUGAUUUUUCUAUAUUUCUUCUUUGUAUUUGCACGGUUGUGGAUAACUUAGGUUGAGGUCUGACGGUUUUAGAGUUUGUUUUGUUACACAAGUAUGGAGCGUCUGCCGACACAAAAUUCAGCUCACAGAUCCCCCUUUACUUCAAGACUUGACAUCGCCUUAAAGGAAUUUGCAGAGCUUUUCAACAUGAGGCUGUUAUUUUUGUUGCUGCUGCUUGAAGAGGAUGUUUGAAACCUGUUCAGUUGACCUGCAAAGAGAGCCAUUCACGUUGCCUUCGUGUUAGAAAGAACUCUCCUCACUGGGAGAUUUAAGCUACUCCCUUGAAUCAGAAAUACACAGAGGGCGGGUUAGCGUAACCUCUAACGUCUAAGAGGGUCUUCAGUCACAGUGUGCUGGAAUAAGGUUUAAACACUAGCAAAGAUUUGAAUCACUGUCUCAGCACCAUUCAUAAUAAUGGUGGAGAUGGUCACCAUUUCCUGACAUCUCAAGACACUUAAUUUAUGGGGAUGGAAGAGCUGCUGAAUCAAACCACACUUAAGCCCUGCCAGAGAUGGCUUGCAAUGGUCUUCUCUCCUUUUUUCAGAAGACUUCCUGAGAAACCGCCUCUGUUUACAUCAGGGCAGCGGUUUAUUCUUUGUUAUUGUUUAAUGGCAAUAUAGAAACCAACUGCAGAAACUGACUGAAGAAAAGCUGGUUGAUUGACUUGUGCUUGGGCACCUGCCGGAAUAAUUUUGGGGAGGAUGGGUUGUGGGGGAAGAGAUGAACAAAUUUCUGCUGUUCACCCUUUGGAGAAUAAUGACUUUAUGCUUUUGUUCUCUGAAGCUAGCUUUGAUUUAGACUGUGUGAUGGGGGCUUUUUGCCAGGGAGGACAUCUGGUAAAAUUGGAAAAAAGGGAAAAUGUAAAUCCGUGUCAGGGCAUGCCCUGUAAGUUCACUACAAAACCUGCUUCUUCCCCACCCCUCAAAGCCGGUGAAUCAUAUACCACGUGUUCAAACAAAAUUCAAGAAUUGUGUUUAUGUUACUUUAAGGGCAUUGUGCUUGAUUGGUUUAGAAAGGAGAGGGAGGGAAAAUGUCCCUCCAACCUUCUUUAUUUCUCUCUCUCUCUGAACAGUGAUAUAAUAAAGGAGUGAAAAGACUUCUGGAGUUUAGUCCUCUUAUCAUUCCAUAUAACAAUAUUCAAUUAAACUCAUUAUUACUCUUUCAAAAAAAAAAUUCCAAGUGAGAAUUCCUGCUGGACCUCAAGCAAAGCCCAAACAAUGCCUGUUUAAUAAAUCUGUAUACAUGAAUUGUAUUCACUUCCAAAGGUUCACUUGCUCUGUAAAAGCAUUUUGUUCUCUGUGGCUCUGAAUUCCUUCUUACAUUUUGUCUUAUUUGAGCAUAGCAUUGGGAAGCCAUUUGAUCUCCGCUGCACCUCCACACCAGAGGGCCCUCAUUCCACUGGUUUGAGCACAGCCGCUUAAUAGGUUUCAUUGCUCAUUCGCUAUUCAUCUAGCAAAGUCAAUUUUGAUUCUUUGGCUUUCUGUACCUGUUCGGUUUCUCCACUUCGCCUGAGAUUAACUAUGCACACAUCCCCCACAUGUGAUGCUGCGUUUUUUUUGGGAGGGGGGGGAAGUGAUAUCAAUGCUGGACUAUCUAUUUUUUGCUGUUGGCAAAAUAGUUGUGCUGCACCCUAUUCACAUUCUAUAUUU